AUGACUGAUGAAAUGGUAAAUGAUUUACGAGGAGAAGAAAUAAGUGCUAGAGCAACCAAAACUGUAAUUCCAGUUGCUCCAACUAACGUCGUAGUAUCCCAAGCUGCCAUAGAAGUUCAGAAUUUCUGGCCAGAGUUCGAGCAGAUGCUGUGGAACCCUGUAUACUAUGACAGUCUCAAGGAUGUGACACUCAUGUCACUUGUUAUACCUCGAGUGAUUGUCAACAUGUCUGAUGAGAUGAUUAAACCAUACCUUUACGAUGAAAUGGCGACUGUAGUGUAUGAUAUUGCUAUCAGACGGACGACGGAGCUGCUGAAGAAGGCGUACUGCGAGCGCAUGCUAACGUCGUCGCUGUCGCUGCCCACGCACCUGCCACGCAUCGCCGACUCGCAGCGCGGCGCCUCGCUCUACCACACCGCGAUGCGCGCGCUGCCCUCCGAGAGCGACGACGUGCCACUGCGCCUCAGGGCCAUGCUGCAGCAGUUGGAAUCUGACGCUAGCUCAAAUCUCUUGCAAGUAGAUGGCCAAACUUUUCCCACGUUGUCAGUGAAGCAGUGGGACGUCGCUGUGCUGCAGGUGGAGUACUGGCUGAGCGAGACGGUUCGCGAGAGCGAGAUAACCAGCCGCUCCCCCAGUUUCGCUGACGUGUCCUUGGUCGACGUCGUGAAGAGCGAAUUAGAGAUCUUCUUGGACAAGAUCAUUCAGCAGUACGGCCAGUCGGCGCUGUCGGGCGGCAAGGUGAAGUUCGCGGACCCGCUGGUGGUGGUGGAGGGCGACACGGUGCUGAUGCGCGCCUUCCACGUGUGCUUCCCGGCGACGGGCGCCGUGGAGGUGCUGGGCAACAUGGCGGAGGCGCGCCUGUGGGACGAGCUGCCGCGCCCGGCCUCCAAGACGCCCGGCGACCCGCUGCGCCACUUCGUCGCCCUGCUCACCGACCGCCUGCGCGCCUCGCACGGCGUGCACGCCUCCUCCGCCACGCUGCUGCUCGAGAUGGUGCGUAGUAUGGCCGCUCCGCGCGCGCUGCUUCCGCCUGGUCGACCGGAUUACCAAAACUUGAAGUACCGCAAGAUUCGCGGCGGGCGUCCGCUGUCACAGGUGGCGUUUCUGGGUCUUCGUUGCGACAAGGCGCCCCCUCCGCUUCCGCCGCGGCCCCACACGCCGGUGCUGUCGUCGGACGUGACGAGCCGGAGCAGCGGCACCUCCGGGUCCACCCCCGCAGCCGCCACCCCGUCCAGCGCCGCCACCGCCACCUCCACCUCCAGCACCACCACCUCCGCCUCCAGCGCCUCUUCGGCAGAGGCCCGGCCGGACCCGGGCCCCGCCCCAGCCGGGACGGCGGGGAAGGCGGGCGGGGUCCGCGAGCGCUGGAACGGCGGCGGCGGCAGCUCUGCCGAGCAAGCCAACGGAGACGACGGAGAGCGCUGGGACGACGUGUGGUCGCUCGUCGACGAGGAUUCCGGCGAGUACUCCGAGUGCCGCCAGUCGUGGCAGAAGGCGCCGACCAUCGACGAGUUGCACACCCCGAACGACGUGCUCCGCUUCGUGGAGGCCACCAUGGAAAGCCCGGACUACCUGGCGGGCAUCGACCUGGGCACGCAGCACCCGGAAGGGCAGGCCCCGGCGGCGCAAGCGCAGCAGCCGCAGUCGGCGGGUCAGACGCAGCAGUCGAGUGACAACGUCAGCCUGAGCAACGCGUCGGCGUCGCAGGUGCAGCGGCGGCUGAGCGGGCAGAACGCGCUGGAGACGCCCGACCCGCCCGGCGCGCCCUUCGCGCUGGAGGCGCACCGCUACGCGCGCGAGCUCAGCCCCAACAUCCUGCUGCAGCAGCUCUUCCAGGCGCAGUUUACUAUUCUGGACCGAAUUUUCAACAUGAAAGAGCUGCCGCUUUUAUCGCAUGAAUAUCGAGAGUCCACAUCUCUGUCACAAAGCCUUGAGAGGCAAGUGAGAGGAGAAGGGCAUCGUGCGUCGCAGGUGGAGAAGCAGUGCUUCGACUGCCAGUACUUCCGGCCGACGGACGUGCUGCUGAUCCGCGCGCACGACCCGGUCGACCAGGACGGCCUGUGGCAUUGGCGAGCGAACGUGUCCCUGCCUUCUUCAGAGGUGGGUCUGCGCACUCCCUCGUCUUCACGCGCGCUCAGCAGUAAUCUUAAUGCGCAGUAUGACUCGUAA